AUGUCGGCAUUCACAAGCAAGCAGCUGACUGUUAAGUCCUUUGUCGUGACUGAGCCAAACACCAAUUCACCUAGCAGGCCGAAGACUUCGCAUUCACCAGCGCAAGCAUCAGAGCUUGUUAUCUUUCCGCCUUUCUUGGACGAUCACGCCGCUACACUGAACAGACCUUCCAAGAAGCAAGCCGGCACAGAGAUUCCGAACAAGUCAACAGCAGUUCCUUCCUUGAAAGUCGUACAGCAAAAAUCGGCGCGACCAAGAAUCAUGUCUCGAGUCGCAACCGCAAUCUCCAGUGCUGUCACCAGUGUCAUCGGCACAGGCAAUCCAAUCAUUGGCCCAUCUCCCAACUCGGCGGUCUACAACUUGAAGAAGACCUAUCAAAAGAACUACUUCAAGCACCACACCUUCCGCGAGGAACAGAUAGGCCAAGGAACGGAGGCAGAGGUAUACCUGCUCAGCAAUGUUGAUAAGCCCGAAGUCUUUGCCGUCAAGCACACGAAGGCGACCAAAUUGUCGAAAGAGCAAGCCAAGCACGAUGAGCUGCCUCACGAAGCGAAUAUGCUGCUCAGGAUGGUCUUGCCACAUCCUCGUAUCGUUGCAGCUUUUGAUUGUCUGCCAGAUCUCGCUGCGCCAGGGCGCCACAAGAUCUACAUGGAGUACUGCAAUGCGGGUUCGCUAUCGCAGCAGUACACGCACUGGCUUUCGCGUGUCAGGAGCCCAAUGCCAGUAGUUUUCCUGCUCCACGUCUUGGUCCAAGGAAUGGAAGCUCUUGCAUACCUCCACAGUGGCCUCAGGUACGUCGGCAAGGGCCAAUACACGCAAGACCCGGAGCAUCUGCCCAUUGUACAUGCCGAUGUAAAAGAAGAACAGUUCCUUCUUAGCUGGGGGUUGUUCCCUUUGCCUGAGAUCAAGCUUGCUGAUUUCGGCACCGCAAAGUUCUCAGGGCAACCGCGAGCGAACGGACUCGCUGGGACUCUAUGUUACUUGGCUCCCGAGGAUGUCGCAUGCAUUGGUGGCCUGCAGCCCAUCAAGGAGAACGCUUGGGCCUUUCACGCAAUGAGCGAUGCUCGAACGACAGCUUCAGACAUCUAUGCCUUCGGGCUGAUGAUGUACAUGUUCGCAUCCAGGGAGAAAAAGCCGGCGAACAUUGGUACAGAGUCGAGUGGCUUGCGAAUCUCUCGCGAAUAUGAGACCCCGGGCGUGCUGGAGCUGAUCCGGAGCAUGCUGGCAAUCAAUCCGGCCGAGCGUGCAGAGGCGUCCUUUCAUCCGACGAAGGGUAUUUUGGCACAGGUCCAUGUGAUGCGAGAAGCUCGGGACAAGCUCAUCGGCGCAAGGCGAAUUCCUGGACCGACGGAAUGGGCUGUGCCUCCGCCGCGAGGGCGGCAUGUCCGGUAA